UGUAAUCUGUGAUGAGAAAAAAAAUGGCCUAUGAAAUGCCUACCUGGUUUGGUUCCUGACUGCCACAUUUCCUUCCUUUUGUGUUUGAAGGCUUCAAGAAGCAUGUGCUCCGACUGCUCAACAUCGUGCGUUUUACGCAACAACACCAUGGGGAUUUGCUUGAAAAGUUGUGCAACAUGUAUGUAAAGCAGCCUCUUGGUGGAACUGAUCCACUCAUCGAGUGCCCCUUCCGCAGCUUGGAAGAUUUUAUGGCUUUUGAUGAAAGCCUGGACAAAGAGAAGACUGCGAGUUUGGUUCGCGAGUUCACAGACCUUGGAGGGAGAAAUGCCAGUGCAGCUACAAAGCGUAUUCUUGCAUGCACCCUUCAUGAUGACCUGGCCACACUUUUUUCGUGGGUUGGCCGAAAGGGGAAACUUAGUUUCUCUAGUCUGAAGACUACAGCUGCAAUUAUUGUUGCUGCAAGACGGAUGACAGAAGGCAGCACUAACGAUAUUGAAGACACCAUCAAAUCGUGGCUAAGGCAUGCUCCAGAAAGGGCCGGCAGCCAUAAGAAGCCAAGCGCUGAGGUCUGCCUGCCUCAAGAAUAAGUGGAGGCCAUUCCAUUGUAAAGCACUGCAGCUAUGACCUGAAGACUGCACAGGCA